AUGGUAAAUAUUCCUUGCUUAAAAAAGCUGAAGCAGGAUGAGAAAAAGGAGCUUUUGAGUGAUAAUAUUGAGAUGCUAAAAUACAAAAAAGGUGAACUCAAUUUAAUUACUUAAAAGUUUAAAAAUGAAGGAUUAGAGCUAGAGUAUCAAAAUUUCUUCACUCCAAGCUACUAGAACGGUCUAAGACUUUUAUUAGCUUUCUUAUUCAUUUAGCAGCUGCUUACUAAAAUCAACAUCGAUAAUGCCUUUGAUGACCAAAAAAGAGUCGCUUUUUUUGUAUUUUGCGGAGUUUUUUUACUAAUAGUAAAGGUUUCCAAAUUCUCCUAUCUCUAAAAAAUCAACUGGGGGACUUGCAUAUUUACUAUGCUUGUGCUAGCAGAUUGCUUUUUAGAAUCGAAAGAAAAAAGUGAAUUGAGAAUUCUUUUUAACGGAAUGGGUAUAGUUAUCUCUUUUUGGAUUUAAGGUCAUAACUCUCUCUUUGAUACUUUAUUUAUAAUUCUUUGCUUUUUCUUAUUACAUAUCUUCAAAGGAAUUGAUGCAGAGACAGGCUUGUUGUCACUUUUCACUGGGUUUGCAAUAAUUUUUUUGAAGUAUCAAUCUUAUAUAUACAACAGAGAAACAUUCUUAUCACUCUAAUUAGCUAAUUAUUGGUAGGAAUUAGCUAAGGAAGUCAGUUUUGUGCAAUUAAUAGUUUUCUCCUAUGAUAUAAAAGAGAAGAAAUUCACCUUUAAAGGAUCUAAAUAGUCAUCUGAAUAGUUUUAUAAUGUUUCUGACGAUGAAUCAUUAAAUUUUUUAUUAGAUAAUUUAGUCAUUGAUAAUAUGAUUAAAGGUCCUGCCCAUCAAUUCAAAGAAUUUGUAAGAAAUUCUGGAAGAGCAAUAAAGCCUAUAUUAGUUAAAUGCUUUGACAAAUCUAUGUGGCCUUUUCAUAUUGAUUAAGUUAAAUCUUACGUUGGUGUUGUAAAAUUUUAGAAUUACAUUUACAAAUUUAAUGUGAGAGGUAUAAAUUCUGAUGAUAAAAUAUUCACUUUGUCUUUGAGCUUAGCUGAUCCAGAAUCUUUACGUGAAGCAAAUGAGAAGGUAGAAAUGUAACAACAUCUACUGCAAGUAUAUUUAUGGAAUAAUAGAAAUAGAUAUUUAGAAAUGCAAAAGCAAAUACAAAACGCCUCUGAUUAAACAUAAAUUCAUCAUAUUAUGGAUAGGACUAACUAAUCUUUAAAUUUUUAAGCUAAAGUAGUAAAAUACUAUGUGCAAGAGGAGAUUAAAGAAGGAAAUAUUUAAUAAUAAAAUCCAAAUUUUAAUGAUUCAAAAAAUAAAGUGGAAGAAUAGAAUGUUUAGAUAAAUAUAUAAAAUUCAUAGAUAAGCAAUCAAAAAGAUAAAUUGGUAACUUCUUAAAAAGAAGAAGUUAAAUAAAGUAAGGAUUUAAAUUAGAUGUAAGGAAGCAAUGAAAAAUAAGUGAUCAUUGAUAACAACAUCUAAGUUUAAUAAAUAAAAAAAAAUAUAUAACAAUCUCUCUUAGCCAAUCUACCUGAAGAGGAGGAAGUUAGUUCUGAAAUUACUCAAUUUAAUUUGAAGUAAGAAGUUUUUGAAGUCUUAAGCUUAUACAAUGAAGAAAUCGAUAUAGCUUUUAACUUAGAUGAUGAGUACAUGCUAAACACAGGACAUCAAGAAUUUAGACAAUUUUUGAUUUACCUAUUUGAAAAUUGCUAUAACUUAUAAAAACUAGAAAAUAUUAAAACUGUUCUCAAGUUCACUUAAAAUAUUUAUGGAGAUGAAGAAAAGACAGGCGAAUUCGUUAUUCAAAUGAUAGUAGAUGAAGAAUCUGUAUACUAUUAUAAAGAAAGAAACAAUGAAAAUUAUAAAAAUGGUUAAACUUGGUACCAAGCUCUUUGCAAGCCAUUUAGGUAUUUAAAUGGAAAUAAUCACAAGCUAAUCAACAGUAUUGAGUUUUAGUAUUUAACUGGAUAUCUACAAUCUAUGCACAACAAGUAAAUGGAAAUGGAAUAAAGCCAAAAUUGUUAGAUUUUAUGUACUUUUUGGUUAUUUAGUGAUCCAGCUAAAUCCUUCAAGGAGAUUGAAGAUGCCUAAAACUAGAGAGGAACAAGUAAAAAUGAAUUUGAAAUCGACGAAAAUAAUGGAGACAAUCCAUUUAUAGGAUCUGCUGAUGAUGAUGACCUAAAGCAUGAAAGCUUUGUUAAAAGUUAUUCUGUAAAGCCUUCAGACUUUAAAAAUACUAAAUAGGUAUUAAAAAAUAGUGGAGUCGAUUAAAUUUAUACCAACAAACAUUCUCCUUCCUACAGCAACGUUAUUAGUCCUUAAAUCGGUGGUAUAAUUAUCCAAGGAUUAAAUUAAGUUAGAACUACAGAAAAUUAUGAGAUGCACUAAUUUUAAUUAAACCAAGAUAAUUCAACUAAAAAGAAUUCUUAAAAUUAAAAUGACGAUUAAGAUUGCUCUUUUGAUUUAGAGCUUGGAAACAUAGGUGAGUAUGGAAUUCAAGGUGUUACUAGCUCAAUCAAAUAAAUUAAAAAUUAUGAAGAUAAAUUUAAAACUUUAUAAAAGUAAGUUUGA